AUGCAGUUCAGCGCUCUCUUCACGUCUGUCCUCUGCCUAGCUGCAGUCAACUUUGCUGCCGCAGAGGACACCACCUCCGUGUCGACCGCGACCGUCACCAAGACCUUGAUCCGAGUAAACUCGGUCACCGUCACCCCCACUCCCACUCCCACUCCUAGCUCCAGCAUGAUGAGUGUCGUGGCGACUUCCACCCCGUUGGUUGUCUCAUCUACCCACGCUGCUCCCUCUGCCACCCACACUGGCGGUGCGGUCAGCAUGGGCGCCGGCGUGCCGGCUGCCCUCAUCGCUGGCUCUUUCGCGCUCAUUAUGGGCCAGACCUUCUAG